AUGUCCUGGUUUGGGAAAACUUUCGACUCGACAUUUUCGCGGUCUGAAGUUGAGGCCGCGUUGUCUUUCGCGGUCAAAGAUGUACUCCAAGACCUCGGGCCCUUCGUCAAUUACACCGAAGCUUUGACGAUUAGUGAUGCUCCCCGUCUUGAGCAGGCGGAGCGGCUCUUCGACUAUCUCAACAGAAAUUCACUCAACGGCCCACUAAUCCACGCCUUCCAAAUUGCCGUUGUCCGAAGGGCGAGUAUCGAAUACAUGCUUUGCCAAGAUCUCAAGCAACACCAUGGCGUGGACCCGGGCCCGCAUGAUGUCCACAGCCCCUCAGUCGACCCAGCCUCCCUUUUAACAAAGGCAGCAACGUCUGGAGACCGUACUGUCCCCAUUCCGGCGGAUUUUCAGCGAGAGACAUGUCAUCCUAGAACGCGCAACAAUAUCCUUAAUGAUUUGCUCGCUUGGGCCACCACUCACUCUGACCAAUCGGCGCUUUGUUUGCUCUAUGGCCCUCCUCGCACCGGAAAAUCGACAGUCAUGCAAACACUUGCAUUCCGGUUGCGCAACGUGGACCACUUAGCUGGCGCAUUCUUCUUCGACCGUGACGACCCAGACUGGCGCAAUCCCAAUGGCCUCUUUGUUGCUUUGGCAUUCCAGCUUGCCCAUGCAGAUGCCGAAUGUCGGAGGCUAAUUUUCCGAGCGCUCCGGAAAGAGCCGGCUCUCGUUGAUUCCACUACAUCAUGGAGCGAGCAGUUGCGAAAGCUUAUUGUCGAGCCUUGUCUAGAGCGCAACAGUCGCGCCCCAUUAGCUUUUCUCAUCGAUGGGUUGAACGAAUGUGAAGACCCAGAAGAUCAAGAACUUAUUGUGUCGCUGCUGAAGGAUGCGGUGGAAGAGAUUGGCGGACCGGCUCCAUUUAGGUUUCUUGUGUCGAGCCGUCCGACCCUUCAUGUGGAACAAUUGAAGGAUGAUGGCAAGCUUUUCUCCGCCUCCAUGCAACACUCCUCUGACGACAUUCACGGAUACCUAUCACAUGAAAUAUCUCGUGUGUUUCAGGCGCACCCAAGCAUGGCUACCAACCGUUAUUAUACCUGGCCGCAACCUCUACCAGUAGUACCCAGCACGCAUCUAGACUUCUUCGUCUCCACCUCAUCAGGAAUUUUCGAGCAUGCUGAACGGAUUAUCGAGUUCAUCGGCAACUCUGACGAGAAUCCUAUCGAACGACUAAAUCUCAUCCAACGUCUGUCAACAACAGCCCCCCGCGACCCGCGCCAUACUGCACUACAGGCACUGGACCAGCUGUUUCGCCAUAUAUUUGAUGAUGUGUCCUCCGAUGAGCGCGGAAUAAUGCUGGAAAUACUCUGCGUCAUUCUGAAUAUGGUCCCACUUUCAGAGCUGUGUCGAAAAGCACCCCAUAUCUCGCUUGACCAAGUUCUCAGCAGACGCGACGGUAUACAGAGCUUGGGUCUUCAGCUUUCCGCGCUGGAUGGACCGGAGUCUGAUGAUCGCUGGGAAACGCUGUCGAGCGACGAGGAGGAAGCUGAUGGUGGCGGCGACAUCCGUUUCCCUGAAGCGAAUAUCGACGGUAUGGAUCGCCCGACGCGUCUCAUUCCCACCGCGAUGGGAGGCGAACUUUACUCGGAUCGGUCACCCUUUUACGACGAGCCAGCAGCUCUGUCUGCAUCGCCCACGUCCUACAAUACGACCACUUCUCCGCCGCCCACUGGCAGAACUCCCGCUGGUUAUCGCAGACGACAGGGCUUCUCGGAGGACAGCCCAUUCGCAAAUCUCUUCCCGGUUGCAGAGCAUGAGAGCAACUAUACGUUGGAAAGCUCUGGUUCUAUGUCAGCAGAACGAAACCGCUCCUCGACCGCUGGUCCAUCCUUUCCGCAACCCGACUAUGGUGCCCCUUCAUUCCCCGAGCCCGUUCCCUAUAUGCCCCAAGGAUACUUUGAAACCUGGUGA